UGAGGCGAUCACUCACUUCACUUGGAGGAAAGAGAAGGAAGGAAGCUGAGAGCUUAGCAGGGUAUCAUUGGACAGGACAUGGCUCCACGGUCCCGGCGACAAAGGCACAGGAAACCCCCCUUAUCAGUGGCUCCACCCACAGUUGUGACCCCAGUGCCUCUGACACUCCCCAAAUCUGGCCCUAGCAUUGAUACACUUGGCUUCUUCUCCUUGGAGAAAAAUGUUCCUGGUCUAUCCCAGGUGAUUCUUCAAAAGCUGAACAUGAAAAGCUAUGAAGAAUACAAGUUGGUGAUAGAUGGUGGUACCCCUGUAUCAGGCUUCGGAUUUCGAUGUCCUCAAGAAAUGUUCCAGAGGAUGGAGGACACUUUCCGAUUCUGUGCUCACUGUAGAGCACUCCCUAGCGGCCUUUCAGAUUCCAAGGUCCUCCGGCACUGCAAAAGGUGCAGAAAUGUCUAUUACUGUGGUCCAGAGUGCCAGAGGUCAGACUGGCCAGCACACAGGACAGUUUGUCAAGAGCUUCGUCUUGUGGCUGUGGACCGUCUCAUGGAAUGGCUUCUGGUCACAGGUGAUUUCGUCCUACCUUCAGGACCUUGGCCGUGGCCACCUGAAGUUGUACAAGAUUGGGACACCUGGUUUUCUAUGAGGGGGUUACAGCUAGAUGCUACACUGGAUGCUGUGAUAGGUAGUCAUGCCAUGACCACCCUAUGGACCAGUGUAGGACGGCCAAGGCCAGACCCGGAUGUCCUGCAGGGCUCUUUGAAGCGGCUGCUUACAGAUGCCCUGUCACGGCCCUUGACUCUGGGCCUAGGGGUUAGGGCCUUGGGGAUAGAGGUUGGGAAGAUUGGGGGAAGCACAGUACAUGUGAUUGGUGCUUCCCAUGUGGAGACAUUUCUUACUCGCCCUGGAGACUAUGAUGAACUUGGCUACAUGUUUCCUGGACACCUUGGCUUCCGUGUGAUCAUGGUGGGUGUAGACGUGGCUACUGGCUUUUCACAGAGCACCUCAACUUCAUCCCUGGAACCUGGCACAAUUCAGCUUAUUGGCCACAGGGGCCUCUAUCAUGACUUCUGGGAGGAGCAGGUAGAGACUGGGCAGAUAGCCCGUCCAGAUUUGGUGGUGGCAUUCCAUCCAGGUUUCCAUUCCUCUCCGGACUUGAUGGAAGCUUGGCUGCCCACUCUGCUGCUACUUCGUGACUAUGAGAUCCCUACAUUGAUUACUGUUUACAGCCAUCAGGAAUUGGCAGCCUCUUUGCAGAUUCUGGUGGACCUGGAUACACACAUCACUGCCUAUGGAGCUAACCCUUUCACAUCCCUCAAACCUGAACAGGUCUAUUCGAACCCCAACAAGCAGCCAGUAUACUGUUGUGCCUACUAUAUCAUGUUUCUUGGAAGCUCCUGGCAGCUGGAUAAGAGGCAAUUGGAAGAUAAAGUUGAUGGUGGGGUUUAAAUAGCUGAGCCAGGUCCUGAGUAGAUGUCUGGAAAAUGGGGAAGUUGUGAUAAAAUUACCCUGCUGAUGCCAGGAUGUUGCCAGGUUUGAAACCUACUGUGUCCUAAACUUCAUUCACUGUCUGGGUAAAGAUUUUAAGCUAAAUGAGAGCUCCUGUAUGAUGUGGUUAGCCACAAUAGCUUCUAAAGAUAGGACUCUAGAUGUAGUAGGUGGCGAGAGGCCCUGGUGUCAGUCUUUCCAGAGUCUAGAGUUCCCAACAGUUUCCUUUGUUAGGAAGUUUGAUCUUUUGACUGGAACCAGAUGGCACUGAGAAGGGAAUGAGAACUAUCUUAUUCCUCUGAAAAAGACUUUCUUCUUAUCCAGAAAUCUGGGCCAAAAAAUGGAGAGCUGUUAAUGUCUUUUAGUGGUGCAAGAAUCGAUAAGUCAGGGAAGUUGUUGGAACAUGGGGGAGGUUGUAAAGAUUUUGGCUUUUUUGAGAAAAAUGUCUCGUUUUCUUAUUUCCUCUUGGGGACUUUUGACCCUAGAGCAGCCCUGGUGUUGUAUUUUAGAUAUCCCCAGGUAUGUUAGACUUUACCUUAAUAUACUGAAGUUAUUUG